AAUGAAGCCGUGUGGAAACCUAAUGUGCCAGAUCGCUCGCCGACUUCCGGCUCGCCAGCUGCAUAUUUCGAGACGAUCCAAUUCCCAGUUAGCAGAUGUUGGAACUCUUUCCGAAAUUGAGAUGCCAGUUGCCAAACAGCUUAAUAUGAGAAAUCAUCUGCCAGCUCCACUUUCUAAACAGAUGGAUACGUUGGGAGAAGUUGUUACCUUGAUCCGAGAACCAAUGGCAGAAGUAGCAAGCUGUAUGCGAGUUGUGGAUAAAAGUCUUCCAGCUCUUCGCCUCGUGUUAUGGGGAGCUUUCGGAACCGGAAAGUCGGUUACUCUCAAUCAAGCUGUUCAUCAUGCUUAUAAUAAUAAAUGGGCAAUUGUUCAUCUAAGAAGUGCAAUGGAGCUGACAAGAAGAGUAAAAGAAAUUGAGAUGUCAUCUUUUGUACAAGGCCGUAUCAAUGAUCCAUCGAAUUCUGUUUCUAUUCUCCAAAAUUUCAAGCAACAAAACCAACAUAUCUGGAAGAUUCUCGGAGAGUUGCUCACUGAAAGAGAUUAUGAAUGGUCGAAAAGUGAACGAACGUUGAAAGGAAAACCUAUCACUGAAAUUAUUGAAAUGGGAAUCUCUGCUCCGUUCCUUGCCAGUGAUUGUGUUGGUGCAAUCUUCCGAGAGCUCCGACGCCACGCAAAAGAUGACAAACUGAAGGUUCUAGUGGCGAUUGAUGAUGCGAAUUCUCUGUGGGGAAAAACUUUGGUGAAACGAGCUGAUAGAACCUAUGCACCACCUUCGGAUCUUACUCUUGUUGUACAUUACCGGCGAAUGAUCGAAAAUGAUUGGACUAAUGGAUGUGUUCUGAUGGUUGCAGAUAAGAAAGAGGUUGCAGACGCCAGGGAUCAUCUCGGAGUCUCCAGGCACACUCCAUUGGAAUUGUUUGGAGAAGAAGGAUUUGAAUAUGUUGAGCCAUUCGUUCCAAUUGAAACGUCAAAUUAUACGGAAGCCGAAACAGAUGCAAUCUAUAAUUACUAUGUGAACAAGAACUGGUUAGCAUCAAAAGCAGCUCGUAGCGAGGAAGGAAGGAAACAACUUAUGCAUCUCAGCGCAUUCAAUCCAUAUUAUUACGAGAGGCUUUGUGCGUUCAACUGAUUUAAAUCAUUAUAAUUUACGUUUUUUGUUGAGUGUUUCUGUUUUUUUUUAAUUUUUAGGUCUCUAGUUUUAUUUGUUAUGAAUAGAGAAUGAAAAAUAAUGUUUU